CUCAUGUUUUCAAAAAAAUGAUAACGGUUUACCCGAUAAUCUCUCUCUUAAAAAAUCCUCCACAGCAAAUGAAAUUACAGAAUUUUCUCAUCGUCGAUACAAAACGGUUUAGGUUAUACUUUCCCGCGUCUUACUAGAAUUUCACGAAAUUUUCAUUUCUUCGCAACGGAGAAGACAAUCGCACAGAAAUGGAGCAAUGGGUUCCCCUCUUUGACAUUUUUCUCAACUCCUCAGCGCCUGAAACCGAAGCAUCUCUGUGGUUACAGCAAUCUUUCAAUGCCUCAUCAUCAAAUCCGAUCACCACAUGCUCUUUCCUCUCUCUACUUACCAAACCUAUCGAUGCCAUUAUCAGUAGCUCAUCUCCUCCAACCGCAAAGAGGGUCAUGUUUAUACAAACACUGCCGGAUAUGGUGCAGUCCAGAAUUCUAUCCUUUCUUGCCUUUGAUCACGAGAGGUUUUGCAAGCGGGACUUGUCUAUGUUGGCCAGGAGUAUGUUGACAGACAAUAAGGGUGUCGAUUUCUGGGUCAAGAGGUCUGCCCGCCAUCUGCUCGAUGAAGUGUCCGAAUCAAAUUACCAAUGGAUUUCUGGUUUGAGUUUGGAUUCUGAAGAACAGAAAGUGGAUGAAGAGUUUGAGUCAUUGCCAGGUUGGCUUAAGAGCAUGGCAAGUGCUGAUGACUCGGUUUUCCCUUGGCUGCCUUUGUCGCCUGAUGAAUUGAAUUCAAGAGAAUUAUUCGGUAGUCAUGAAAAUGAACAACAUUCAUUGAGUGAAGCUGGAGAGGGUGGAGGUUUGGAGGAAGUUGUAGUGGAAAUGGAGGUUGAUCGUCCUGUGAAUGCUCCUUUGGCACUGGAAAUUCAAAACAGGGCAGCUAGUUUGAGAGCCCAAGUAUUGAAUUUUGAGUCUCGACCUAAAACAGUACAAUUAGCAAAUGAAAUUUGCCAGCUUUGUCUAGAAAAAGGAGUGGAUUCUUUUGCAGUUCUUGGUCUGAUUGAACCUUGGAAAGCGGAUGACGAGAUUGCUUCCUUACUUAUUUCUCAUCUUUCAAAUGUAAUUGAUCAAGAUGAGCUUGCUUGGCCAAGCCAAAUUCUCAGUUCAAUUAUCCUUCCAAGGUUCCUGAUUCUUGAAGAGCCAGCCUCUCGUGUGCUUGUGACUGCAACGAUAGACUACUGCAAGCUUUAUCAACGAGCUGCUGAAUAUGCACUAUUGUUUCCACUUAUAAUGAGAAUUGGCGGUAUCAAUAACCCUCUAUGUGAUGUCAUCACAAGAAUUGUUAAGGAAUGCUUGCAUCCUGUUCAUGUUUCUUCGUUCUGCCAAAAACUGCUAUGUGCAGGGGAAGAUGAGAAAAGAUUCAUUUGUCUUCCUUGCCACCAAUGUCUGAUAUCCCAUGAACUGGUAUGGACAGAAUCAUUAUUUAGCCUUUUUCAUAAUAUCUUAAAUCUUAAUGUUAAGUUAAGUCAAGAUUCAGUUGAUCUGCUUGUUCUCCAGGUUCAGGAACUAGCUCAAAGGUUCUCAAAAUCUCUAAGAUUUGGGAACUUUUUGUUAUGUUUCAUUACCAAAUGUUCUUUAUUGUUGAAGUCACAUAAACUCUUAUUGGCAGAUGCAGUUAAGCAGACCAAUACUCUUGUUACCAAAUCUAUAUUAUCAAAAUUGGCUACCUUCUAGCCGCUAAAUUGAUUUUUAAUGAUUUUCUUUUUCUUGC